UCCUCCUCUUUCUUUCCAUCAGUUUUCGCUAUAGUUAAUAAUAAAAACAAAAGCUUCUAUAAGAAGCACAACAAAACUUCAGUUCCUUGUAUAAAAUUCAAUAUUAUCUGAGAUUGAAUAAAUAGAGGGAUUGCAUAAAGUGAGCCGCAGCUGUUCGUUUGAUACUUUGUAACCAUAUUUUCUGAUAUCCGAUCCAAGUCUCUCUACAAGCAUUUAUAUUAAGUUUUCACGAUAUUUUUUUGCUGCUAUGCGUAUACUAUAUUUUUUAUAAUCCUAUAUAAAGUCAAUCUGUUUGGAUAGGGAAGGAUUAAUUAAAGAAAGGCAGCCAGAGACAACGAGACAAAGUAAAGAAAAGCCAUUAUGAAUUAACUUCCCGCUUUGAACACCAUCUUUUUCUCUCUUUUUUUUUCUGUCAGUUUGAAUUAUGCCGCCAAAACAUAGAAAAGUACCUUUUAGUGGAAAAAAGAAGAAACAGCAACUACAGCAAAAAAAUGCUCGAAAACAAGAGAAAGCUGCCAACAUGGAUCCAAGUUCAUUUGACUACCUUGGGAAAACAAAGCCAUUAAAAGCCAACUUACUCGAUCACUUCGUACAGGGGACCGAAGGUGUGCUUAAGAAUAGUUCAGAUCUGGAUACUAAGACAAAGCUAGUAUCGGUCUUUGACAAGUUGACACCGCAGGCCAUUGAACAGGAAAAGUUGGCAAGUAUGCAGCCAUUGAAUCGCUUACCCAAGGAGUCAUUGGAAUUGAAAGAAAGCGACCUUAAUGAAUAUAUUGAGUUUCCAAAACGACCUUUUUGGGAUUAUGAUAUGUCAAAGGAAGAGGUCGAGCAACACGAAACAGAAAGUUUUCAGAACUGGUUAAAGGAUGUUCAAGAAAAGUAUGCUGGGAAGCAGAUAAGCUGGUUUGAGCGUAACUUGGAAGUUUGGCGUCAAUUGUGGAGAGUAUUGGAAAUAAGCGAUGUGAUCCUUAUUGUCAUGGAUAUUAGAAACCCACUACUACAUUUUCCUAUUUCGCUGUAUAAUUUCAUCACGUAUGAGAAAAAGAAAAGCAUUGUGGGUGUGUUUAAUAAGGUAGAUCUUGUUUCUGAAUUCACGGUAUUUGCUUGGAAGAAGUAUUUUGAGGAAACAUUUCCAAACUUGCAUAUCGCAACUUUCAGUUGUUUUCCAAGAGAUAAAAACCUGAUUGACGACACUGUAACCUAUGCCUUGAAAAAUCAAGCCAAGAGACCGCGGAAGCGCUAUUAUCAUGCACAGGGGGUCAAGAACAUCUUGUCGGUUUGUCGUGAUGUUUUGGACAAACCGGAUGUCCCUGUCAAUUGGGACUCAAUCAUUUCUCGUUAUGAUGAAGAUUCAGAACACGACGAAGAAGAAGAAGAAGAUAGCGACGAUAGUGAUACUGAAAGCAUAAACGGAUUAGAUGAUGAGUUUAGUGGGAUUUUGAAGGUCACAAGUCGAGCAGUACAUCCUCAUAAGGAUUAUAUCACCUUAGGACUUGUUGGACAUCCAAACGUGGGCAAAAGUAGCUUGAUUAAUAGUAUCAUGCGAAAAACAGUUGUAAGUGCCAGUCGAACUCCAGGCCAUACCAAGCACUUUCAAACCAUUUAUAUUGCGGAUAAUGUUCGCUUAUGUGAUUCGCCUGGCUUAGUUUUUCCUGCGCUGAUACCUAGAGCGCUUCAGAUCAUCUCUGGUAUGUAUCCAAUCGCCCAGGUACAGGAGCCAUAUAGUGCUAUUCGAUAUCUUGCCGAACGUAUUCCUCUCGAAAAAAUCCUGUCACUUACGCCUCCUGACUUUAGCCGUGAUUAUCAAUGGAGUGCGUGGACUAUUUGUGAAGGUAAGUCAAUUGUGACUGAAAAGGGGAGGAUUUUUAUGGAAAAAUCUUUAGCAUUUGCAGAACAAAGAGGGUUUCAUACAGCAAAGGCAGCUCAACCUGAUGUGUAUAGAGCUGCCAAUGCUAUACUACGUUUAACAGCAGAUGGUCGAAUAUUGCUCUCGUUUAAGCCUCCUGGCUUCUUCACAAGUAGUAAAUACGAGAUUUUACGUGUGACCGAAGCAGAUUCAAAUAGAGACAACAGUGAUGAUGAGGAUAAAAAGGAAGAAAGGCCAAUGGUUAUCACUGGAGGAGGGUUCAGUGCACUUGCGAGUGAUUCUGAAUAGAAACAAUAAAUUUAAUAAAUUGUAAAUACAGUUAUUAAACGCAUUCGAAAAAAUUUGGUUUCACUUAAAGACAAAAACCAUGAACUGCCCUAAAUUGUCCCUUCAUCUAAUGGUAUACGGAGUCAAACCUAUGUUAGCCCCUUGAAUCUUUGUGGGCUAUUGGACUAAAUAAAAAUUUGGCCUCUUUUUUGUUAAGACACGCGAUCAAAAAGUUGGUUGAUGAUUUUUUGGCUAGUCCAC